AUCUGCACUUCAUAAUCAUAGCUCCUCAUCUUAUAAUCCUACUCUCAUCAAUCAUUAAUCUUCUCAUCUAAUCCAUCUCCACAGGCUUUUCCUUAAAAAAUCUAAGUUAGUAUGACAUCUUUGAAGUCCCUAGUAGGCCCCACUGAAAACCCAUUUUCAGAUCCUGUUGUGGCUCAUCACUCAGUUCAACAGGGAUGUUUUUGAUACUUGUCUUUCUCUGUUUCUGCCUUUCUAGGGGAAGUGGUAGGGUUGGUUUUCUUUACUGAACCUCCUGAUACUUGUCUUCACAGAGUAACACAACUUGCACAAAGUUUAGAGAAUGUACAAGGAUAGAGGUGCAGUUAGUCCCUUGACCAGACACCACCAAUGAGUCACGUCUGAAAAAGUUGGAUAUACUUUGAGGUGAAAAAAGUAAUUGCUGGUGGUUUGAUUUAUUGUGGUCAAUUUGUUUGGUUUGCAAGUGAGAGAAACUCUAAUUUCCAGGUUUGAUUUGGAGUUCUUGAUGAUGGAAAUGGAAUCCACAGCACAAAGAAAUGACAUAACCCUUGAGAGGGUUGUUUCAUCAAAGGCACUGAAGAUGGGCAACUCAUUUUCAUGUCAAAUUUGUGUAGCAGAUAAUGGUAAGAAGGAUGCUGCAAGAAAGCUACAUUCACAGAAAAAAGAAGAGUCGGAUAGAAAAGAGAAGAUCAUGUUAUUGUAUUCUGCCUGGACUGCUAUGCUAAAUAAAUCAGAAGGUAAUAUUGAUAAUGAGUUCUGGAGCAAGUUAGGACUGAACAUAUCCCAAGUGCCGAAAGCUCCUCAUUUGGAGAACUGUAAAUCCAGUGCACAAGUAAACAAAUUUUUCGACAUUCACCGAGAGAAUGAACAAAACCCGGAUUGGGAAAACUGGGAAGGACUUCUAAGAAUGAAAAUUCAACAAGAAAACUCCACGGUGGAUAGUGAACAAGCACAUGCUGAGAAGAUGUUUAAAUCUAAAGACACUUAUCCUCCUUGGAUUUCAGGAUCAGAUGAAGAUAAUUUUCCCCUGACAAGGAAAGUGCAACAUGACAUAUGGAUACACCAACACCCACUGAAUUGCAGUGACCCUAUUUUAAGGUUUCUAGUUGCUGAUUGGGAAACAAAACCUGGAUUUGGCAUUGGUGCCCAGCUAGCUGGAAUGAUUGGUUUUCUUGCUAUUGCAAUCAAUGAGAAAAGGAUUCUAGUUACCAACUAUUUCAACCGAGCAGACCAUGAUGGAUGUAAAGGUCGUUCCCGCUCUAAUUGGUCUUGCUACUUCUUUCCUGAAACUUCUUUAGAAUGUCGAGAUCCUGCAUUUGAUCUUAUGAAAAGACAAGAAGCUUGGGAUAGUGGAACUGUAACUGGAAAACAUAAUUAUAGGUCGAAGGACAUUUGGGCAGGACGUAUACCCAAGGUUUGGGGUGAUCCUUGGUUAUUUUUACAACCAACAACUGAAAUAAAUGGCAGUUUGGUCAGGCAUCAUCGAAAAAUGGAUAGGAGGUGGUGGCGAGCACAGGCAAUACGGUACCUAAUGAGGUUCCAAACUGAUUAUACAUGUGACUUGCUAAAUGUGGCUCGACAUACUGAAUUUGGAAUUCAAGCCGCAGAGAUGGUUCUUGAAAGUCUUCCUGGAGCAUGGCCAGAGGCAGUUGCAAAUAAUCCUCUAUCUGAUAUGGAGGAAUAUGUGUGGCGCGAACAUAAACCUUGGAUUCCGAGGCCUCUACUGAGUAUGCAUGUAAGAAUAGGAGAUAAGGCAUGUGAAAUGAAGGUGGUUGGAUUUGAAGAGUAUAUGCGCCUUGCUGAUAGGAUAAGAAAGCGCUUUCCAAACCUGAAGACCAUUUGGCUUUCAACUGAAAUGCAGGAAGUGAUUGACAAAUCAAUGUCAUACCCAAAUUGGAAGUUUCAUUACACGAACAUUACACGGCAAGUAGGAAACACGUCAAUGGCAUCUUAUGAAGCGAGUCUUGGCAGAAAGACGAGUAGCAAUUAUCCCCUGGUUAAUUUCUUGAUGGCGACGGAGGCUGAUUUCUUCAUUGGAGCUUUGGGUUCAACCUGGUGUUUUCUCAUAGAUGGAAUGCGGAAUACUGGUGGGAAAGUAAUGGCUGGAUAUUUAAGUGUCAAUCGGGACCGGUUCUGGUAGCAUUAACAUAUCUAGGAAUCAAACACGUACAUACGUCAAAGUAGAAUAGAGGCCUUGUUUAUAGCAAAAUUUUAAGUACUUUUUACGGAUUUUUGUUUUCUCAGGCACAUACUUGUCAAUAUAAGUAAGAAUGUUCUAUG